AUGACUCGGGGCGCCACUGAUAUCGUCCGCCCGCAUAUGCGAAGCACUCUGUCCUUCGUCGUACGAAUAGUGUCCCUCGUCGAUUUGCAUCAAAUUACUGGAAUCAAAUUGGUAGUGAAUACCGAGCCCAGCGAGAAGGCAACGAGAAGAUCAUUACAGAGAGCAACAACAAUACUGCUCCUAGGAGGCACAUCUGCUGCUGUCGCCGCUUAUCUUCUUUUACCUGACAUCUCCCGAGGCGCACCAACUCGUGACAACAUACCACUCAGUCCGUCUCACUUCACACCAGCGAAACUCAUUUCCGAUCUCUUCGCACCAAUCUGGUCUGUCUUCAUCAAAGACGAUGACAUACAAGUGGAGCGACCUUACACUCCACUCGAUGGGGUAGACGAAAACGGAAAUAUGAGAUUUUGGAUCAAAAGAUAUCAACAUGGCGAAGUCAGCCGGUGGUUGUACUCGAAACAAGUCGGGGAUACCAUCGAAAUUCGAGGCCCUCUCAAAACAUGGUCUUGGAAGGAUGAUGCUUGGGAUGAGAUCAUUUUGAUAUCUGGAGGUACUGGGAUUACUCCGUUCUACCAGCUACUGCGUACCGUAUUCUCUGGCAAUUCAUCCUUUCAAGGCCGAAUCACACUGUUGCAUUCAUCAAGAACACCUUCUGAGCUGCCUCCGCGCGAUAUCCUUGAUCCUCUGUUAGAAUUCGCGCAGCGUAAUCCCGAGAAGUUCAAGCUGAAGUUAUUUGUUGACUCGUUUGGCGAAACCAAAGGUCAAAGUUUUACAGACCUAGAGGUACACAAGGGUCGCAUCGAUAAAAAUUCAAUACAUGGCGCUCUCCGUUCUGCCUCUCGUGUUCCUUGGUGGCGCGGUUUAUUUCCGCAAGAUAGUGAUGUCAGUGACCGAAAGAUACUGUUUUUGGUUUGCGGUCCUGAACAAAUGGUCGAGUCUAUCGCAGGUCCUUAUGGCCGGAACUACUCACAAGGGCCGGUAGGCGGAGUGUUGCAAUCAUUGGGAUACGAAUCGCGCCAGGUGUGGAAAUUAUAGAUAUCCGACACUUGCACAGCCGUGUGCUUCUCAGUUUCAAACCCUUUACAAUGGUGUCUCGUCCCCCACGGGAUC